ACUUUCACUUUUGUUUUGAGAAGAGAAAAGCGAGUAGCAGGUGUUUGUUAAUCAUUAUCAGAUUAUGUACAGACGACAGUAUCCAGACGCACCAGGUCCUGGUUCAAGCAUGGGAGAUAGUCAUACACGUGUAACAUACAGAAGAAAUCCUAAUUUCUUUGAGAGAAUUGGUAACAGUUUAGUUGGAAUUUUAGUAGGAUUAGCCUUACUGGUCGUGGCUUCAGCUUUACUGUUUUGGAAUGAGGGUAGGGCUGUGCAAACAGCCAAAUCAUUAGACGAAGGGCUAAGUGUAGUUGUUUCCUUGGAAAAUAUAGAUGUACCAUUUAAUCACAACAAUGGAAAACUUGUUCACUUAGCUGGUCCUUUGAAAACAGAAAAGAGCCUAUCAGAUCCUACAUAUAAUAUAAGAGUAAAAGCUGUGAAGUUGAGGAGAACAGUUGAAAUGUACCAAUGGGUGGAGCAUGAAUCUAAAAGAGAAUACAAUGAAGGAGGAGAAACCAGAGUUGAAAAAACAUAUUCCUAUACUCAAGAAUGGAGAUCAGAUUUAGUAAGAAGUCAGUCUUUUGAUAACAUGGUUGGACAUAAUAACCCAACAUCAAUGCCAGUAAGUUCCCAAUUGCAAACAGCAGAUGUUGUUCAUGUUGGAGGUUUUGAGUUGUCAGAAGGUUUAAUAGGUAAAAUAACAGAUUUCAAGAAAAUAAAUCCAAGUGCAAUGUCACCACCUUCAGACCCUAAGAUACAGAUGUUAGAAGGAGUUUACUAUCAUAGUUAUUACCCUUUACAACCACAGAUUGGUGACUUGAGGGUGACAUUUGAAUAUGCUGGUAUAAGUGGAGAAUCUUUGCUGGGACAGCCUGAUACUGUCAGCAUAAUAGCAAGACAGAUAGACCAGAGACUUUUAAGCUACCAGACAGUAGCUGGAGAUGUUUUAGAAAUGUUGUAUACUGGAAGACUUUCACCAAAGGAGAUAUUUGGUAAGGAACAUCAACAAAAUACAUUUAUAACCUGGGGUGUUAGAUUUGGUGGAUGGUUACUGAUGUUUGUAGGAUUUGGUUGUCUAACCAGUAUCGUAACUACAUUAGUGGACUGGUUACCUAUUAUAAGAGAACUGGUAGCAGCUGGUGUAGGAAUGAUGAAUCUAGCUUUUUCAAUCAGCUUAUCUUUGACCAUCAUUGCCAUUGGGUGGAUCACAUACAGACCGCUGUUAGGGAUGGCACUAUUGGCAAUGGCUGCCACACCUUUUAUUAUGUCAAAAUUUAGGUCAAACAGAAUGGAUAGCAGACGAAAUGUGUAAUCACUGCUGCAAAACAGUAUUAUGAUAAUAGAUGUAUAUUAUUUAGCUACUGUUUGAGAGGUUUUAUAUUUUGAAAAGUUUUGUAAUAGAGUAAAUACAGUAAAACCUUGUUAGACUGUUUUUGAAGUAAAAUUGUUCCAUCACCUUUCCAUUUUUACAAGAUAGGAGUCCUUGACUUACAAUUGAAAUUUUUUUAUUUUUUUUUUAAAUUUAGUCAAAUUUAGAAAUAGAUUAUUUGGUUUUGUUCACUUUUUAGUAGGAAGCAAUAUUUUUAUACAUGUAUAAUAAUUUGACAAGUCUAAAUUUCUAAAUUUUAUUACAAAGUUGUAUAAAGAAACAAGGGAACAAAGUAAAUUUUAAAAAGUCAGAAAAAUCUUUUUCUAUAGUCAAUAGCCUCACAGUUGUUUUGAUUCAUGUAUCUUAAAAUUUAAGGAGGGAAAUUAGAUAACAGAAAUAAUGUCAAGGUGCAGAUAUGCUGAUAUCAGUAUGACUAGGUUUUACUGUAGAAUUUAAUGAUUUGUUGAAGUGUGAUAUCUUUGUUAGCUACUGUGAUAAUCAUUCCGAUUUAAUAAUACCUACUUUUUACUAUAUAAAUUAGAGUGUGCUUUAUAUAUACAUGUAGCUGUAUCAUGUUUUGAAGAACUGUUUUCUUAUUUUGCAAGUAUUAAACCUCAUUCCAACACCAAAUGUUUCAUUUAUUGCAUGAGAAAAGCUAACAAAAAUUUUGUUUUUCACCGCUUAAUCAAUGUUAGAUAUGUGGUGCAAUAUUUCUUUGUAACAUAGUUUUGAAUUAGAAAAUUUCCAUUAUUUCAAUAUGAAAUCUGUUAAUACAGUAUGUUGGAACUGUAAAUGGGAUUUUCAUACCAAGGGUACAAUCACAUUCCUGUAAUAAUGUUUUCUUUUCUUUGUGAUUUCAAUGUAAACAGAAUGUGGUAUAUAUUUAUUGACGUCUUUUUGUCAAGGCAAGACUUAGGCAGACUGUUUCCAGUGUUGAUGUCUGCAUCAACGGCAACAAAGUGUUAAAGAUUGUGAUUAGGUCAGUUUAAUUUGAACAACUAAUGGUUGGUCAAUGAUUUUUGGUAUGCAGUUGAAUUAGUAUUGGCACACCUCAUUUCCAUGGAAAUAAUUUGGUCCUGUCCCCCAGUCAUGGUGUAUUGACUUUGAAAAGUUUUGCAAAAUGUUACAUGUUGUAGUGUUAUUAAUUUAACAUUUUAGCAAUUGAAUUAUACUAUCAAAACUACAAACAGACAAGACAUAUCUCUGUGUCAAUAGUGUAUGUCUUGUUGGGUUGGUGUCUAAAGGACAAAUAUCCCUCUUCUUUAUUUACACUUUUUUGUAAUGAUAAUUGUCUAUGAUAUACUGUCAAAGGAAUAGUUCAUGCCAAGACAUUUUUUUCUCAUUAUUAAAGAUUAUUUAUGGCUAAAUUCUUUUCAAUAGAACCAUGCUACUUGUUCCUACCUACUUCAAAUGAAACCGGAUAAAUUUUAGAAUUAUAAGUCUCCAGUUUUAGCAUAUAUGGAAUUUGAUAGUGCUGUUUAGUAAGAACUACUCCCCAUGUAGUUGUGUAUCAGUUAUAUGAAUGGAAAAGAAGAUAUGCUCGAUGACUACAGAAUCUUUUAUAAGAACUAUUAUAUUUAGUUUGUUUAUAUUAGGGAUUUGUUUGUUCUUUUUUGUGCAAUAAUGAUGAACUGCACAAAUAUUAAAUUUAUUUUUAUUUAUAACUUGUAUGUGUAUGCUGCACAUUUAAGUACAAUUUUUGUAAGCAUGGUUACCUGUCUGUUAACAAAUUAGGCUUUUGUUGGAUUACUUGAAGUCUAAUUAAAGAAUCUGGAAAAUGGCAUUUGGCCCAAAUCAAAUCAAAAUUUAAAAAAUCAUAAUUUUUUAAAGAAUAAAAUUGAAAGUUAUUAAUUAUUUUUUUUAACAAAUAUAGUGUUCCUCUGAAAGGAAAACUGUAAUCAUUUUUGAGAUGAACUGUUUUCAAAGUUUGCCAAAGAAUGGCAAAGCCAUAAUAUUUAUUCUGCAUAGAACAUAAGAGUCUUUUUUUAAAUAAUCAAGAGAUCAAUUAUUGUCCUAUUCUUUUAAGGACUAAAGUGCAAGAUUGAUCUUGUCAAAACAUGAUAAGCAAAUAACUUAAUUUUUGUUUCUUUGUACAUAAUUGUUCAAAAUUGACAAUGAAAAUUUUUUAGAGAAUUAUUGGUUGUUUUCAUUUUAGUUGUAUCUGCAAUGUGUAAAUAAGUGCAUUUUAUUAAUAUUUUUUAUUAUAGAUUUUGCAUCACAAUCCAUACACAAUUUUUCUACCGUAUUAUAUAUUUAUUUGCAUGUACAAUUGAUACAUUUUUUUCUAAUUACUAAAUAUUUGAAAAUCAUAGGUAUCUUUCACUAACAUGUUGAAAAAGAAUGUAUGACUCUUAUUAAUGUAAUGGUUGAAUUUAAUCACAUAUUGUUAGAGUUAUUUAAUGGGAGACAACUCUGUAGUUCAACCACUGAUGAAAGGGAGGUUACUCUAUAUUGCUAUUAAAAGAUUCAUCAUAAGCAUUAUUUCUUUUUGUUAGUCAAUAGUUACUUCAAAAAAGAAUAUAAUGCAUUUUAGGUAAUAUCUUAGAAAUAAGAAGAAUAUAAGUAAAUGGAUUGCAUAAUUCAAACUAAAAAAUCAAGUAAACCUGUCAGUUUUAUUCCUUCCAAUACUAGUUCUUUAAUUUGACCCUGCAGAAAUAAACAUGGCCUCAAAGAUAUUUUGAGCAAGCCGAGCAGGCUAUCUAGAUAGCAUUUUGUUCUCUUUUCAUUCCAACCUCAAUUGGUAUUUUAAAAUCAUCACAUGUAUGACAUCUCCUGUAAAGUUAUUUUAUUUUUACAGAUGAAUUAAAGUCCUGCAAUUGCCAACAGUUACAUAGUUUCCUUAAAAUGCAGUAUAAAAAAUGUAAUUGGAAUGAAAUAAAUGAUUAUAAUUUGGUAUGUCCAUAGUCCUUUUCUGGCUUAACCUUUAUCAAGGAUUUGUAUAGCGAGAUAUAUAAAUCCUUGCCUUUAUCAAGAAUGCUCGAAAUCAAAUGGCAAAUUUAUUUCCAAGAAUUUCAGAAACUGGAUUUUCAUUUUUCACAGUCCAAGAUCUCAUUGGACACUGUUAAUUAUAUAUUGAUACACAGGGAAACCUCACAGGUGAGAGAAAGUGAAUAUGUUAGGAAAUUAGAGUUGUUUAGAAUCCUUGUUUUAUAUUUCUCUCUCCACAUACUGAUAUAUUCUGCUCAACUAGAAAUCAAACAAUUCUUAUUUUUCAAAAUGAAAUUGUUUUUAUAUAAGAUUUCUACAAUAUUUAGUUAAUUGCUUUCAUACAGAAAACUAUUCCCUUUUUGUAUGUUACCUUUGUUUUGCUUUCACCCGUCCAUGUUGUUACUUUUCAUAAUAAAAAGAUAGUAAUUAA